AUGAAUUUGGGAUCGGUAUUGAUAUUGAAUACGGGGGAUGAGCUUGCUAAGAAGGCCCUUGACCGAGCAAGAUUAGCGCGCGAGCGACGCGAGGCGGAACAAAGAAAGCGCCUGGACGAGUUGAGAGCGCACGCGGCCGCGGCGCAGGCGCAACGCGAGAAGAGAGAUGAAGACAGGCGGAAGAGGCAGGCGGAUCAGCGCGCAAGAGAUGAUGACAGACGGCAACAGGUAGAAGAACGUAAACGCGCGAUAUGGGAAGCGUCCAUAUCGCGGCGGGAGGCGUUACUUCAGCGGGAGCGCGACCGCACCGAAAGGCUCGAACGGGCCCGCGCGGCUCGAUCUGCGCCGCGGCCGGCGUUCGCCUUCGGAUCCUCUACUCCGAGACUGCUGGAACCGGUCGACUCAGCUGGCUUUUUCUGGGCCGCGCGCAGUACCAACCCACUAGAUCAGAUGAACUUUUUUGAGUCACUGGCGGCAUCAACGACAAAUGUGAUGUAUGCGUCUGCGCCGCUCACCCGACGAGCCUCCGCUCUUCAGCUGGACUCAUCCGACACUGACAAUAAAGACGAAGCGGACCGUUCACCACAAGCCGUGAUGUGGUCAUCCGUUGCCCGGAGACGGACCGACCUGGUCCCAACGGUGCCAGCGCCACGUGCCCCAGGUAGAGCCUACUCCAUGACGCGGCUGGACAAAUUGGCCACCCGGCCCUUACACUCCGCGUCGCCAUCCAUGCACCAUCUCAACAGGAGCCAGACGCGCUCAGGCGAAACGACCCCGGGUUCUCGUCCCGGAAGUGCAAUGUCGAACGCGACGGGCGUGGUACGGAGGGCGAACUCCGCUCCGCGGAAACCACGCCCUGCCUCUAUCGCCGGCACCGGGUGUAAUACACCCAGAGGUGAAACAGGUGGUAUCAGCGCUACUUCUACUCCGGCAGUAUCCCGCGAUGGAUCAACAGUAGCGCGGCCAGCGACUACUCCGCGACGGCCCAGACCUUUAUCAUUGCACGUUUCGUCUAAACCUGUGACCCCGCUAGGACCCGGUGAGGGUAAACCGCCAAUGCAUAGGAAGCCAAAGCCAUCCAAAGAUCAAGAUAAGAGUCGCGGUAAAUCCCAGUCGGCGUCUCCGGGUCGUCCCUUGUCUCCAUCGCCCGCACACACCAAAGAGACCAGUGUCGACAAGGAAAUGUCUAAGUCGAUAACGUCAGAGCGACCAGUGGACCCCCAACAGGUGACGCAGAAACUAGAGGCAUUGCAGGUGUACGACGAGCCGAAACACAUAAUAAUCGAUAAUAAAGAAAAUAUAGAAACAAAUAUAGAAACGAAUGUACGGAACGUAGAACAGACAACAGAAGUCAAGAUCGAAGUUCAAAAACCAGUGGAAACAGAAGAUGUGCAGAAGAUUGUACAGAAAGAAUCACAGAAAAAAAUUGAGCCGAAGAAGGAAUCUUCUGUUGAAAAGAACGACGAGAACGAAAUGACAGCGUCAAUGAUAUCUCGUCGUAUAACGACUGAAGGGGAGGCCAAAGCCGCUCUCGCAGAGAGACGGAGGCGUGCUAGGGAGGAGCUUGAAAGGCAAGCGGAGUUGGAGAGGGUCAGACUGCAACGUGAAGCCGAAGAAGAAGAAGAGCGACAACGUCAAGAGGAAGAAAGACAACGUCGUGAAGAAGAGGAAGCUAGGGAACUGGCUGCGCUGCAGAGAAGAAUGGAAGAUGAGAAACUUAAGAAGGCUAUAGAGGCACAACAACAACUAGAACGUGAUGAAGCCGAAAGAAAGGUUCGCGAGGAGGUAGAGAAACAGGCGAGGCUUCGCGAAGAAGAAGAAAAGAAACGAGCAGCAGAAGAGGCGGAAAAAAGCCGUAAAGAAGAACUUGAAAGAGAGGAGAAAGAAAGGCUCGCACGGAAACAGAGAGUUGAAGCUAUUAUGGCGAGAACUAGGCUUAAGAAGCAAGCGGAAGAAGAUAAAAAGAAACAAGAACAAGAUAAAGCGCCAGUUAACCAAAGCGCUGAAACACAAAAUCAGAUUUCUGCACAACCGCCAGUCCCAAAGAUAGAACAAGUGGCUCAAGACACGACACAUUCUAAAUCCGUACAAGACAAACCAUUGGAUAGUGCUAAUGUAACGACAGCUACGGAAAGUGUAAAUGUAACAACGAAUGCUACAGAAAGUGUAAAUGUAACAACGAAUGCUACAGAAAGUGUAAAUGUAACAACAGUUACAGAAAGUGUUAACGUGUCAGAACCUGAUACAAUUAAAGUGGGAGUUCCCAUAAUUUCUGAAUUAAUCAAUGUAGCAGAACCGAUUUUGGACCUUAAUGUAUCGGAUUCAAAAGUUUCCGAAAUUGUAAAUUCACCAAAUGUGGUAGACAGUUUAAAUGAAUUAGCUAAGGAUAGCGCAAAGGAAGUUACAGAUAACGGAAAUGUACAAACUGAAGAUUUAUUGUCGCUCGCUACUAGUCAGCCGGAAGGUAAGUCGGAGAGCUGGCAGCCUCACAACGGGAAUAUCGCACCCCUCGCCCCUCUCGCUCGCACCGAUAACAAACUUAGUCAGGAGUCCUCUGGCGAGCAUUCCAGCAAAAUGGACAACGCUAACGUCGAGACCAACAAUGGCAACGUGACAAACGUGGGCCACAUAUCCGCUAACUUCCUCCACUCGGAGAGAAUGUCCGAACACAACCAGAAGGAGGAAUUUACGACGCACAACGGGCACGGAAUCAGCCACCCGUUGACCUUGCAAAACGCGAUCUAA